ACGUAUUCCCUGCUGACCGUCUUGGGUGGCAGUGCAGAGCGCUAUACACUAGGGACGCCGGUCGCGAUUCACUUGUUCAAAUUUCCGGGAUUUAUCUACGUAAUAUUGCAACAUGCUCUCCCGGAAGGUAACCAAUCACAAAGGAGUAUGGUUGGCAGGCGAGGGUGGUGGAGAAGGACGAAGCCAAGUGUUGACAGAGAAUGCUGAAAGUGCCCAGAUGAGAGGAAGAGUAGUUUUUUGUGCUGUGAUUCGUGUCGGGUUGCUCUAUAGGAGUCAUUAAUAAGAAAUUAAGACCAGAGAAGUAGUAUAAUAGGAGAUCUUUAAAUUGUUCCUUUCACAUGUUUAAAAUACACACUGCCUCCUUUGAUGCAAAUAAUGUAUUAAAACAAUUACUUUCUGUAUUUUUAUUCUCCCUCUGCAGAAGACUGCGAUGCCUUUGGAGGCCGUAGCACGCAGCGCGGCGCCACCUCGGAGAGUCUGGGUGUGGACGCCCCUGGCUCCUCCCACAUGUCCAGUCGCAGCAAGGAGCUGAAGAUCCUGAGCGUCCACGGACAAGGGGAGGGCCCACUGGCGGUGGACUGCCUUGACACCCUCCUCGUUAAGUCAGAACCGGAGGCCUUGAGCUCGCUGUCCGCUGACCACAGCGUGGCCAAGAGCCUGAACUGCAGCGUGAGGCUCGUCCGCCUUGAGGAGCUGACUUUGCAUCAGGGCGGCCGCAAGGGCCGGCCCGGUGUCUUGUGUGGAAAGGUUAUUCCCAACAAUGCCAAUAUGAUCGUCCACAUGAGGACUCACUCCGGGGAGAAGCCCUACAAGUGUGACCAAUGCACAAAGUGCUUCAGUCGUGUCUCCUACCUAAAGAGAGCCACAUAAGGACUCACUCUGGUUAGAAGUGCACAUGCUCAAGCUCACGGACAAUGUGGUGCUUUGACAUGGGGUAACAAUAUGCUUUGAUUGACACCUCUAGCCUGUAUUCGUUGAAAUGAAUGCUCUUUUUUUUUUUUCACUUACAUUUUUAUUGCAAAAUUCACAGACAGUAUACAGUCAAAAAUAAUACAGAAAACAUGACAAACCAAUCAAAGUUUGGCUUGGGAGUUACAUUUCUAGCAGUUCUUCUUUUCGUGUCUUCAUCUAAGUCAUUUGUUCCUGUCUAUAUUCCUCGUCGCCGGUUUUGGUUCUAAAUAUUGUCCAUUUCUCCAACUUUUCUUCAAGCUGUGCUUGAUGUAGUCUUAGGCAGUGUGUCAGUUUGUCCAUAACAGAUUUCUUCCAAUCCAUUCUUCCUUACAAGGAGGCUCCACCUUACCCCAUUUCCUAGUUAUGGCCUUCUUACUAGCUAUCAGUAGUAUUUGAACCAAAUAUUUAUCUCACUCUUAUACUCCCUUCGGUAAAAUUUAAUUUACAAAGGCAUAGUACCAUAUAGCUCAUUGGAAUAUCCUAACUUAGUAUCUUUUGUACAGUUUCAUGUACAAUUCCCCAAAACUUAAAUACCCCAUGACAUUUCCAAACAAUGUGUGAGUGGUCUGCAGCAUCCUUUACUCCACACUCUCUCCAACAUGUUAAAUUUGUGUUAUUAUAUUUGCUCUUGACCUUGGGCGUGAUUUAAAAAAAAACGGACCCAAUUUUUCCAAGAGAACUGCCUCCAUAUCCGCGAAUUACUGGUUGUUUGAUGCGUUUUCAACAUGUCUUGCCAAUCAUCAUCCGAAAUGUUCGUAUUAAACUGAUUCCCAUUUUUCCUUUAUGUAUUUAGUUGAAUGUUUAGUUAUCAAUGUUUGAUAUAAAGCAGAUAUGAUUUUUUUCCUUUGUAUGUAUUCAUUAUAAUUUGGAUCACACCAUUCACUUCUGUGGAGGGGUCUAUCUCGAUUUCUUUUUUAUAAUCUCUUAGUUGUAGGUACCUGUAGAAUUCCUGUUUAUCCAAACUAUAUUUAUCCUUCACGUUUUGGAAACUGUCCAGUGCCCCAUCCUUCUCUAAAGACACCAUGCCGUGACUCCCUUGUCUACCCACUGCUUGAAUCCUUUAUCAUAUUAAUCUGAUUUAAAAUUACUGUCAAAUGCUACCCAUCUAAUAUCUUUUGUUUAUCCUAUCAUUUUUAAUAACUCUGAACCAUAGUUCAAGUGUAAAUGUUGCAAUUUAAUCUAUAUUGUUUUUAGUCCUUUUGUAUAUUUCUUGAUCUCCAAUAAGGCUCUGGAAAGGAUAUUUUACAAACUCUAUUUCCCUGUCUUUCCACUUAGCCGUGUAAUCUGGCAUACACCCACAUGCCUAAAUUGGGCAGCGUGAAAGUACUUUCAGUUUCGGGAGACCCAUAUCUCCUUUUAUCUUUUGGUAACUGGAGAGUUUCGUACCUAACCCUUGUUUUUUUGCCUCCCCAGAUAAACCGAGAUAUUAACCUGUCCCAGGUCACAAAUUGGGUUUGGGGGACCUCUACUGGUAGGGACUGGAAUAAAUAAAGAAGUCUUGGUUGAACAUUAA